UUUUUCCAGUUGAAUAUCCACCCACCUCAACACUAUUGGAUACGCUUGCACUGGACAUACCUUCAGAUGGCCAUUUGACAAACAUCUGUCUCCAUGAUGGUAAAUCUACUAAGUGUAUGCCAAUGAUGCGGUGGGGCAACAUCACUCUAAACAUCACUUCUGAAAGAUCAACAUCUGAAACAGGUCUUGACUUGAUUCUAACUGCUGGUUUGGUAUCCAUUCUCCUGUGGAGUCUAGCAUUCAUUGUGCUUCUGAUACUGGGCAUUUGGUCAGUAUGCUCUGAAUGCAAUUGGAUUCAAAUCUUCUGUCCCAAGAGUGCUUGUACACGAAUGGCAUCAUACACAAUUGAAAGUCCAGAUCUAGAAUUCUGUGUAACAGAAAUUCCCACAGCAGAGGACAUGAUUAAGACUAUAAGCCAAGAAGUUCAGUCAUCAGAACAGCCUCUAGAUCUAGAGGGGCAAAUUCAUCAACCUGAGGCUAUUCCUGGACCGAUGAUGGACAAUCCUUGCAUUGAGGAUUCUGAGACCAUAUGUGAGGGAAAACCAAGCGAGGGAAAGAUCAAGAGUUCAAGCUUUGCGCAAAAGGAAAACAAGACAAGACUGAAGUUGAAGACAGAGAAAAGGAUUGACUCACACAAUGGAUCCCUUGAGCUUAUCCAAGCCAUCUCAGACAGGAUGGUUGACAUAGAAAGCCUGGUUAACCCUACUGCUCUCAGUGGUAUGUCUGUUUAAAUGGUUUAUUUAG